CCUGAUGAUGAGAUGUUUCUUGUGCAAGGACAAAUCGUCGGUUAUGGCGGCAACAACAACCAAGUUCCCCAACCUUCCCUUGCUGAUCUUCCCCAUCCUGCUUCUUUCCCACAGAGCCUCCAGUGCGGGCAUUGUGUCUAAGACGCUCAACAACGGGGCCAACAUCACCGAUGGUGAGACGCUGGUCUCGCCCGGUGGCUCAUUCACUCUGGGUUUCUUCUCCCCGUCCGGUGUGCCAACCAAGAGAUACCUCGGGAUCUGGUUCACCGCGUCCGGUGCGGCCUCUGUCUACUGGGUGGCCAACCGUGACACCCCACUCAACAACAACUCCGGCGUACUGGUGGUCACCGCCGGCGGGAUCCUUCGCCUUCUCGACGGCUCUGGCCAGACCGCCUGGUCCUCAAACACGACCGGGACCUCUGCCUCUACGGUGGCGCAGCUGCUCGAUUCCGGCAACUUGGUCGUGCGCGAGAACAGCAGCGGCGGCCGCGUCGUCUGGCAGUCGUUCGACGACCCGUCCAACACCAUGCUCGCCGGCAUGAAGUUCGGCAAGAACCUGAAGACCGGCGCGGAGUGGUCCCUCACGUCGUGGCGAUCGGCCAACGACCCGGCGACGGGGGGCUACCGUCGGGUCAUGGACACCAAGAGCCUGCCGGACAUCGUCACCUGGCAAGGCAGCGUCAAGAAAUACCGCUCGGGCCCGUGGAACGGCCGCUGGUUCAGCGGCGUCCCGGACAUGGAUUCGGACUUCAAGCUGUUCUCCGUCCAGAUGGUGGACGACCCCGGCGAGGUCACCUACGCCCUCGACGCCACGGCCGGCGCGCCCUCCGCCCGCGUCGUUCUGGACGAGGUCGGCAAGGUGCGGGUGCUGGUGUGGUUUCCGACAAGCAAGGUGUGGAGACCAUACCCGUGGUUGCCACGCGACGCCUGCGACGAGUACGCGUCAUGCGGGGCGUUCGGCCUGUGCAGCGUCGACGCCGCGCCCACGCCGUCCUGCAGCUGCGUCCAGGAGUUCAGCCCCGUGAACCAGUCGCAGUUGUCCAGCGGGUGCCGGAGGGACGUGCAGCUGGAGUGCGGCAACGGGACGGCGGCGACGGACCGGUUCACGGUUGUGCGCGGCGUGAAGCUCCCCGACACGGAGAACGCGACGGUGGACAGGGGCGUGACGCUGGAGCAGUGCAGGGCGAGGUGCCUCGCCAACUGCUCGUGCGUGGCCUAUGCCCCCGCCGACAUCCGAGGAGACGGUAGCGGCAACGGCUGCGUCAUGUGGAAGGAUAACAUUAUUGAUGUCCGGUAUAUAGACAAUGGGCAGGAUCUCUAUGUGAGGUUGGGAAAGUCUGAAUCAGCUACAGGGAAGAGGAACAUUGUGGCAAAAAUCUUGCUUCCAGUUAUGGCGUUUGUGCUAGUCCUCGCAGCCGCUGGCAUGUACCUUGUUUGGAUCUGCAAGUUUAGAGCCAAACGUCGGAACAGGGAUAUUUUGAAGAAAGCGAUCCUAGGAUACUCGAAUGCGCCAAACGAACUUGGUGAUGAAAAUAUAGAGCUUCCAUUUGUCAGCUUUGGAGAAAUUGCAGCUGCAACAAACAAUUUUUCAGAGAACAAUAUGCUCGGGCAAGGUGGCUUUGGGAAAGUUUACAAGGGUACUCUGGGACAGAACAUAGAGGUUGCAAUCAAAAGGCUCGGUCAGGGUUCCGGACAAGGUGUAGAGGAAUUCAUAAAUGAAGUUGUUCUGAUUGCAAAAUUGCAGCACAGAAACCUCGUCAGACUUCUUGGUUGCUGCAUCCAUGGCGAUGAGAAGUUGCUGAUCUACGAAUACUUACCAAACAAAAGCUUGGAUUUCUUUAUUUUUGAUGCUGCAAAUAAAUAUCUCCUUGAUUGGCCCACACGUUUCAAGAUAAUCAAAGGAAUAUCUAGAGGACUUCUUUAUCUCCACCAGGAUUCAAGGUUGACUAUAAUUCACAGAGAUCUCAAACCAAGCAACAUUUUGUUGGAUGCCGAUAUGAGUCCUAAGAUAUCAGAUUUCGGUAUGGCAAGAAUCUUUGGUGGAAACCAGCAGGAAGCAAAUACGAACCGAGUUGUUGGGACAUAUGGUUACAUGUCUCCUGAAUAUGCAAUGGAAGGCGCCUUUUCUGUCAAGUCAGAUACAUAUGGCUUCGGUGUCAUAGUCCUGGAGAUUAUAAGUGGUUUGAAGAUCACUUUAACUAACUACAAGGGCUUCCCCAACAUACUUUCUUAUGCGUGGAGCUUAUGGGUAGAUGGCAAAGCGAUGGAUCUGGUGGACUCAUCCCUGGCUAAGAGUUGUUUCCAAACCGAAGCUUUACGGUGUAUCCAGAUAGGACUGCUGUGUGUCCAAGACAAUCCAAAUUACAGGCCGCUCAUGUCAUCGGUGGUGACCAUGCUGGAGAACGAAACUACACCACUUGAAGUCCCAAAACAGCCCGUGUAUUUCUCAUACGCGGGAACCCAGGGAACAGCAGGAGAAAAUGCUAGCAGCUCUAUUAAUGACAUGACUCUCACAACAGUGUUGGAGGGACGGUAGAUGGUUUAGAUUAUGCAGUGUAUUUCGUUUUUUUUUUAAGAAAGUUGCAUUGUUAUGCAUGCAACUCGUUCUGCAUCUUGGCCUUCUUAUGGGCCGUGAGCUCCUAGAUUGGGGGCGCCGCGUAUACUUUCCUCCUAUGGGCCUAUGAGCUUGAGAGUUAGCGUGUCCGUCA